GAGGCGGCCGCCGCAAUGCCGGGCCCGCUGCGGCUGCUCUGCUUCCUCGCCCUGGGGCUGCGCGGCUCGGCCGAGCCCAGUGGCGCGGCGCCGCCGCCUCUCUGCUCCGCGCCCUGCAGCUGCGACGGCGACCGUCGGGUGGACUGCUCCGGCAAGGGGCUGGCGGCCGUGCCCGAGGGGCUGAGCGCCUUCACCCUAGCGCUGGAUAUCAGUAUGAACAACAUUACUCAGUUACCAGAAAAUGCAUUCAAGAACUUCCCUUUUUUAGAAGAGCUACGAUUGGCUGGCAACGACCUUUCUUUUAUCCACCCAAAGGCCUUGUCUGGAUUGAAAGAACUCAAAGUUCUAACCCUUCAAAACAAUCAGUUGAAAACUGUGCCCAGUGAAGCCAUUCGAGGACUGAGUGCUUUGCAGUCGCUGCGUUUGGAUGCCAACCAUAUUACCUCAGUUCCUGAAGACAGUUUUGAGGGGCUUACACAGUUGCGACAUUUGUGGCUAGAUGACAACAGUCUGACUGAGGUGCCAGUGCACCCGCUAAGCAAUCUGCCCACUCUUCAGGCACUGACCUUAGCUCUCAACAAAAUCUCAAACAUCCCUGACUUUGCCUUUACCAACCUUUCAAGUUUGGUGGUUCUGCAUCUGCAUAAUAAUAAAAUUAAAAGCCUGGGUCAACACUGUUUUGAUGGACUAGAUAAUUUGGAGACCUUGGACUUGAAUUAUAAUAACCUGGGAGAAUUUCCUCAGGCAAUAAAAGCCCUUCCUAGCCUAAAAGAACUGUUAUUUCAUAGUAAUUCUAUAUCUGUUAUCCCUGAUGGAGCAUUUGAUGGUAACCCUCUCUUAAGAACUAUACAUUUGUAUGAUAAUCCUCUGUCUUUUGUGGGGAACUCAGCGUUUCAUAAUUUAUCUGAUUUGCAUUCUUUGGUCAUUCGUGGUGCAAGCAUGGUUCAGUGGUUUCCUAAUUUGACUGGGACUGUCCAUCUGGAGAGUCUGACCUUAACAGGUACCAAAAUAAGAAGCAUAUCCAGUAACUUGUGCCAAGAACAAAAGAUGCUGAGGACUUUGGACUUGUCUUACAAUGACAUAAAAGAACUUCCAAGUUUUCAUGGUUGCCAUGCUUUGGAAGAAAUUUCUCUGCAGCGUAAUCAGAUCCACCAAAUAAAGGAAGGGACUUUUCAAGGCCUGAGCUCCCUAAGGAUUCUAGAUCUGAGUAGAAACCUGAUCCAUGAAAUUGACAGCAGAGCUUUUGCCAAGCUUGGGUCAAUAACGAACCUAGAUUUGAGUUUCAAUCAAUUAACUUCAUUUCCUACGGAAGGCCUAAAUGGACUAAAUCAGCUGAAACUUGUGGGUAACUUCAAGCUGAAAGAAGCCUUAGCAGCAAAAGACUUCAUUAAUCUCAGGUCUUUAUCUGUACCAUAUGCUUAUCAGUGCUGUGCAUUUUGGGGUUGUGACUCUUAUGCACAUGCAAACAUGGAAGAUAACAGUCUCCAAGACCACAGUGUGGCAAAGGACAAAGGUCUUGCUGAUGUGACAAGUGUUACAAGCUCUGCUGAAAAUGAAGAGCACACUCAAAUUAUUAUCCACUGUACACCCUCUACAGGUGCUUUUAAACCCUGCGAAUAUUUACUGGGAAGCUGGAUGAUUCGCCUUACAGUGUGGUUCAUCUUCUUGGUUGCUUUGUUUUUCAACCUGAUUGUCAUUUUAACUACAUUUGCAUCUUGCACAUCACUACCUUCAUCCAAAUUGUUCAUAGGCCUGAUUGCUGUAUCUAACUUAUUUAUGGGUGCCUACACUGGCAUCUUAACUUUUCUUGAUGCUGUGUCCUGGGGCAGAUUUGCUGAAUUUGGCAUUUGGUGGGAGAUUGGCAGUGGCUGCAAAAUAGCUGGCUUUCUUGCUGUUUUCUCUUCAGAAAGUGCCAUAUUUUUAUUAAUGUUAGCAGCUAUUGAGAGAAGUUUAUAUGCGAAAGAUAUAAUGAAAAGCGGGAAAAGCAAUCAUCUCAAACAGUUCCGGGUUGCUGCCCUUUGUGCUUUCCUAGGGGCUGCAGUAGCAGGCUGUUUUCCUCUGUUCCAUGGAGGGGAAUAUUCUUCAUCACCUCUGUGCUUGCCAUUUCCCACUGGAGAGACACCAUCAUUGGGAUUUACUGUAACCUUAGUGCUAUUAAAUUCACUAGCAUUUUUAUUAAUGGCAGUUAUCUACACUAAACUUUACUGCAACUUGGAAAAAGAGGACCUUUCAGAGAACUCUCAUUCUAGCAUGAUUAAGCAUGUCGCAUGGCUGAUCUUCACCAAUUGCAUCUUUUUCUGCCCCGUUGCAUUUUUCUCCUUUGCACCAUUGAUCACUGCAAUCUCUAUCAGUCCUGAAAUCAUGAAGUCUGUGACGCUGAUAUUUUUCCCCUUGCCUGCUUGCCUGAACCCAGUCCUGUAUGUUUUCUUCAACCCGAAAUUUAAAGAAGACUGGAAGUUACUGAAGCGACUUAUGACAAAAAAAAGUGGAUCUGUUUCCGUUUCCAUCAGUAGCCAAGCUGGUUGUGUAGAACAGGAUUUCUACUAUGACUGUGGCAUGUACUCGCAUUUACAGGGUAACCUGACUGUGUGUGACUGCUGCGAAUCAUUUCUUUUGACAAAGCCAGUGUCAUGCAAACACUUAAUAAAAUCACACAGCUGCCCUGCAUUGGCAGUGGGUUCUUGCCAAAGACCAGACGGCUAUUGGUCUGACUGCGGGACACAGUCGGCCCACUCUGAUUAUGCAGAUGAAGAAGAUUCUUUUGUCUCGGACAGUUCUGACCAGGUGCAGGCCUGUGGGCGAGCUUGCUUCUAUCAGAGUCGAGGAUUUCCUUUGGUACGCUAUGCCUACAAUCUACCAAGAGUUAAAGACUGAAUUAAUAUGUGUUUGUAACUGUUUUCCCCAUGAACUGAAAUCACAGUGUUUGUCCAAUGAACCCUCGUCUGACCUUUCAUCUGGGAAACACUUCUGUGAUCACUUCCUGGUGUCACAUAGAAGAAGAUGGCAGUGUAUUUCAUAAACCUGAUAUUUUCAAAGAACAAGUGCCUGAACUCUCAGUUAAAAAUGCAACAUUCAAGCAGUGUUUCAUCUUUUUGAAAUAAAUUGGUAAUUUGAAAAAGACAGUCUGUAUUAGUAUCACUGUAAGUGAUAUAAGAUUAGGUUUUUCUGAAUCACAGGAAGCAAAUAUAUACCUAUUCUGAAUAAAGCACAAGAUAAAGAGCAGCUGUUAAUAUUUUUAAGUGUAUGAUUUUUAUAAUAACUGAAAAAAAAGUCUUGCUAAUUUUACCUAAUGUUUCAUCUUUAAUCUCAGGACAACUUACUGCAGGGCCAAAAAGGGACUAUCUCCCAGUUAGAACUGUGAGAGUAUGUUAUGGGCAUGGCAUUACUGCAUGUUCUGUUACUAUCUUGGAUGUAAUAAUCAUAAAUUUUGUUGGAUAUAUAACUUUGAAGCCUGAAGAUUUUUUAAAA